UUUCAAUGUUAACGAUGCGAUAAUAGACGACUAAAUAAGUAGUACUGUAUAUCAGUACUGAUUUGCCACAUCAUUGGCUUUGGUAUCACUAUUUUUGUGCAAUGGAUGUGACUCUUCACGCCAUACAAUAGACUACAAUAUGGAUACAAAACUAUGGAUACUUGUGAUGACCAUUGCAUCGAUGGCGUCGCUGUCAUCACAAGGCAUAACAGAUCUAUCAGCCUGGCCAUUUGCCACCGCCACUACUACCACAACAACACCUGCAUAUGAUAACUAUGAUAACAGUUAUAACAAUUAUGACUAUAAUAAUAAUGUCACAUCUUUAAAACCAGAAAAAGAUAAUUUAUUUUCAUCGAUACCCGGUUUUGAGUCAACAAAGUUAGUAUUGGACCAAAACAAACAGGCACUUGAAGCGCAUAAAAAUAAGUUAGUAAUGGAUCAAAAUAAACUGAUCCAGGACUUUAACAACAAAUUCAAUUUGACUAAUAAUAAAAAUGUUAAACCUAAUAAACCAGGAACUGUUGAGAAUCCAAUCUACAAACUGAGUCCUCCCACUAUAGAAGUCCCACCACAAAUUAAUUAUAAUAACCCUGGUUAUAACAACUAUAAUAAUAAUAAUAAUAAUAACUAUAAUAAACCUAAUCUCCCAGUGCAACGCCCCCCUAUUUCAUAUAGACCAGUCGGUAAUCCAGUUGGCCCGCAAUAUGGUAAUAAAAAUACUAAUGUAACUGGCUAUGAUGUGUACCGAACAUUAUUUGGAUACAACAAUAAUCCCGAUUAUAAUAGAGGACCCAACGGACCUAUAUAUCCUGGUGGCCCACCAUUACCAGUUGGCCCUUACGGACCAAAUAUACAUGUACCUGUGGGAAACCCUCUGCAACAGUAUAAUGGAGGUAACAUUCCACCUAUCUAUGGAAAUGUUCCUAUACAACAUAACGUUCCUUAUGGUAAUGGUCCAGUUCCAGGUCAAUAUAGACCAAAUCCACCUAAUAAUUAUGGGGGUAAUCAUGGCUAUGGAGACGCACAGAUAUUUAAUGGUAAUACUGAAGUACCUGUCUAUAACAGUCAAUCAAAUACUAUUAACGGACCUAAUGGGCCUCUCUAUGAUAGAGGCAAUCAGUAUGCUGGAGGUGAAAAUAACUAUGGUAUGCCAUCACUUGCACCCAUACCUACAGUUGAUUACAGCAAAUAUGUUGAAGUCGUGCCAUAUCAGGAAAUUAGUCAAUAUAUGAGUCCCGAUAAUUAUAACUCUUACGCUAAUAUGCUGUACUCGGCCUACAAUUUGCAGUACACGCCUCCACCAAAUAUCUUUCAAUCAAACAACUAUAGCACACCCGGCUAUCAAAAGCAAUCCAAUAAUGAGUUUAAAAUGUUGGUCGCAGUUGUCGUUAUCGAUGGACAUUUGGGUGGUCCUCCAACUAAUAUUAAGGGAACGUUAUAUAUGAGUGAAAUUUAUCGAAAUAUAGUUCUGGUUUCGGGAGUCAUACAAAAUUUGAAGCCAAACCAUAAAUACGGUAUCGCUAUUCAUAAAUAUGGAGAUAUUAGUAAUGGGUGUCAAUCGAUUGGUCCGCACUUUAACCCACAAAACAGUACUCACGGCAAUAUGAAUUACCCGCAGAGUCACGCGGGUGACCUGGGCAACAUUGUGGGCGAUGUUACGGGUGUCGCUUUUGUCAACAAAAUUGUCAAAAGCCGUAUUUCCAUUGAAGACAACAAUGCAGUGGCCGGUCGUUCAUUUGGCAUAUGCUCGCAACCCGACGAUCUCGGACUCGGAGGUAAUAUUCAGAGUCUAAUACACGGUAAUUGCGGUCAACUUAUUGCUUGCGGUAUCAUUGGUUACUCUAAUACUUUAAACAGUGCAUCGAUUAGCAAUCAAUACGGAAAAUAAUAGUUUUUUUGUAAUUAAAAAUAAAUAUUAUUAAAUAAAACUUA